AUGAAAAAGGAAAUGAACACGUGGAUUUUAACCGUGAAACUGCUUUUGCUUUGUGCGACGGUUAUGUACGUCGCCCCGUUGGUACCAUACGAUGUCGUUUUGGCUUGGCUCAGACCUCCUUAUAUAUACGUCGUCGUCAACGGCAUAAUCCUAACCAUCGCCGUCACCUCGAGGUUCGGCCACCGGAGCCAGCCGCCGGAGCCGCACCUUCGACCCAACUACGGCCUGAUCUCCGGGAAUUUUCCAGUAGCUGAGUUGGAGUGCUUCGUGCCGGCGGUGAGAGAGAAACCUGUGAGGUCCGGUCACCGGAGGAUGACCAAAAGCGCUACUCAAAAAGUGAGGAGGCCAAAGGUGGAGGCUCACGACGAGACUCUAGACACUGUGUGGAAAAAAAUAAAAGAGGGGGCCCCACAAGCCGGCCACGAGUCGGCCCCUCCUCAAGAAGUCCGGCAAAAGCUGGUGGCUCAGCUUCUACAGCCAGCUGUCCAACUUAGACGGGACCACAUGUCGAAGUCGAAGAGUUUCAAGGAGCGGAGGGUCCGCAAGGACCCUCCAUCGAUCCAAAAGGAGCACUCACCGAGUCUCGACGAGUUGAAUCGGCGAGUGGAAGCGUUUAUCAAGAAGUUCAACGAGGAGAUGAAGCUGCAGAGGCAGAAAUCGUUGGAUGAGUACAUGGAGAUGAUCAACCGUGGGGCUUAA